CCGUCCCUCUCAUAGCGAACCAGCCUGUCAAACCAUCCAGGAGCACCGUCUGCACCUCCUGCAUCGGGGCCGGCGACGCUACACGGGAUCGCGGACACAUUUGUAGAUUUUUACUGCGCGGAGGAAUUGUUUUGUUGCAUUUUUAGUUCGUCUCCAGUAUCCUUUUGCGAUCUUUCUUCGCCAGUUGUCCUUGGAGACUUAUGGAGAAAAUGGCCAGACCUCUUCCUCUAAACCCCGCGUUUCUGCCGCCAACCCACGGCGUGCUCAAAUCUCUCCUGGAAAACCCACUGAAGCUCCCCUUCCACCAUGAUGACGGUUUUGGGAAGGACAAAGAGAAGGAGAAGAAGUUGGAGGAUGAGAGCAGCGUGGCCAGUCACCCUCAGUCUGCCUUCCUGGGCCCCACCCUCUGGGACAAGACUCUUCCCUAUGACGGGGACAACUUCCAGCUGGAGUACAUGGACCUGGAGGAGUUCCUGUCCGAGAAUGGCAUUCCGGCGAACACGGACCGCAGCGAGUCCAACGCUGCCGCGCCACAGUCACAGGCCCCGCCACCGCCGCCGCCACCGCACACGCCCCUCACCCCGCACACCCCCCUCACCCCGCACACCCCCUCUGUGGUCGACCUGAGCAGCCGCGCAACCACCUCAGUGCACAUGGGCGGUCAGACCUGCAUCCACAGCCCCCCGCCAGCACUGCCCUCUGCUCGGGACACCCCCAGCCCCAUCGACCCGGAGUCCAUUCAGGUGCCCAUCACCUACGAGCCGGACCCGGCCGACCUGGCUCUGUCCAGCGUGCCCGGACAGGAGAUGUUUGACCCACGCAAGCGCAAGUUCACCGCAGAAGAACUGAAACCACAGCCAAUGAUCAAGAAAGCCCGCAAAGUCUUCAUCCCCGAGGACCUCAAGGACGAUAAGUACUGGGCCCGUCGCAGAAAGAACAACGUGGCCGCCAAACGCUCCCGAGACGCUCGCCGCCUCAAAGAAAACCAGAUCGCCAUCCGCGCCGCAUUCCUCGAGAAGGAGAACGCCGCCCUGCGCGUGGAGGUCGCCGAUCUGCGCAAAGAGCUCGGCCGCUGCAAAAACGUUGUGGCCAAAUACGAAGCUCGGCACGGCCCCCUGUGAAGCCAUACUUACCCUCACCUGUCCGCCCCUGUCCGCCCCUGUCAGUCCCAAAUACCACCAUUGCUCCCCCAUGUUUUUUGAAGGACAAUGUGCUUCUUUUUGGUGGCACUGCCUAACCCUGACAUAAAUCAACCCCUACACUGUAAAAGAAUGACUACAUGUGUUAAUAUGACUUGAAUUUAGAAGUUGAUUUGAGUAGUUUUAGUUUAGUUUAGUUUAUACUGAGCUGGAGGACGGGUUAGAACUCUAUGGUGGAAUUUGCCGUUUAACUGUCAGAUUACAGAGUUGGAGAACUGGUUUAUGGUUAAUAUCUCUGUAAUUAUUGGGCCGAUCCACAUGAAACAAAAACUGACACAAAGUUCAUCUUCUUGUCUGUCAGUAUAAACAAAAGUGGAAUCAUUUUUUCACAACAGCUUCAGCAAGUGGUGCCAUUAUUCAACACCAAAGACGUGAUUUGAAAAGAGUAACUUGACACGUUUGUUGAUCCAAUCCCCUUCCUUCUGUAGAUAUAUAUAUAUAUAGGUGCCUUUACUCCAAAAACUAUGUUAGACUAACUACAAUUAAAACUACUCAAUACGAAUUCAAGCUCAUGUAGACAUUACGUAUUUUGCAGUGUAAAAACCCGCUCCCUUGUUAUAAAUCUGGUAUUUUUAGUGUCAUUUUUGACUUUACCAUAAGCUUUGACCCUUGUUUUUUUCUGUACACAUUGUUCUAAGUAUAUGCAUAGAUGGUAUAUAUAUAUUUACACAUGCAUACUUCCCACUAUUGUACUGUGAGGAGUCCCGAUGAGCCAACCCUCUCAUGCACCAGCCAAUCACAUCACUGCUUAACCCUCCUCCUCUUUCUCUAUCUCUUUGCACUGUCAGAUACACGAAAUGCACCGUAAAAACUAUUACUGAGUUAAAACCACUUGAAUUCUUGAGUAGUUUAGUAGUUUUGACAGCGUUCAUUGGUCUAUAUUUCUUGUUUUAACACAAUUCCACUUGAAAUUCACUUUAAAAAUCUUAUCUCGUUGGCAGAAAUUGCUUUGAAAUUUAAAAAAAACUCUGCUGUUGCGCUGAGAAUUAGUAAUAAAGAAACCGACCGAACCAAAAAAAACUAGUCAAAACUACUCAAAUUGUUGAAAUUCAAGUCAUUUUAACAAAUUCAGAGAUACGUUUUUACGGUGUGUACCAUUUUCUACGUGAUGUUUGGACCUACUCCCUCUGGCUGUCUCUGUCUCUGUAUUAACAUGUUUCUAAACUACACGGUCCUGUCGUUAAAGGAGGAGCAAGUACGUGGACUACAAUAGCUGUAAAUAUAUGCUUUUGUCAGUGUUUUCUAUCUAAACCAUUAAUCUUGAUUACGAAGCACUUUUUGAUGCUGUUUUGAUAAUAUAAAGUGCUUGUUUCUUUCACGAUUCACCAUGUCUAUGUAAAACAUCAUUCAUUGUACACUGUAAAAAUUGAACCAUAACCCCCUUCACUCACUUGCUUCUCCUUUACUCGACUUCUUUCUUUCAACAACCCCAAAAAUAUUUAUACAAAGAGCUUAAUUUUGACAUGUGCAAUCUGAAAAACCAGCGUUCGGGGUACUCAGCCUCAACACUGAGCAAUAAUCCAAAAAUUCUUCUUUACUCACACAAUUUCACACUUACAACCUCACUGCAACAGUUGAAAUGACUUGAAUUCUGAAUUCUGAAGUACUUUUGCGUAGUUAAAAGUUGAUAUUUCUGACUGGUGUAAGAUAUUUUAAGUGGUGGAACUGUGGGAAAAAAGUCUCAGUUCUUGUCGGCAGAUUACGUCGCCUUGAUACGGACAAUUGCGAAUGUCACAUCAAAUCAAAAAUACUUAAAGUCAAUUAAUAUACACUUAAAAAACACAUUAUUCAAAACUAGUCAGAAUUAUUUAAAAAACUCAAGUCAUUUUAACUCAUUUCGAUCUUUGUUGCAGUGUUCCUCCCACUGUCUGUCGUCUUGUUAAUUCUGCACUAAUGCGUGUCUCACAAUCUGAACCGGUGCAAUGUUUUCACGCUCAAAAAGAAAAAAAUAGUUCCUCUGCAUCGUAUUUAUCUACCUUUUAUUUCUCAGAUGGAAGAUUGUUGUUUUUUUAUAUAUAUAAAUAUAUAUUCUGUUGAUAUAAUUGUUAGUAUUGAUAUUACUACUGUCCAUGUUUAGCUUCUUCCUUGUUUCAGACUUAAAGGGACGGUUUGGAAAGUUUUGAAUUGGUUUCCGAAAUCCGAUUUUUGGUAUUUUCUGUCUGUUUUUUCUUCUAGCUUUACAAUAAUGUGACAGUUUUUCUAUUUAAUGUUUUUUGCGCAAUAAUUGGACUAGCAAAAUAUGCUAUCAGCGACACUGCUAAUCGCUAACGUUACCACAUACACAGUUUUAAAGUAUAUUGUUUUUUUUGUCUGGACAACGGUUUAUUUUGUAAUGCAAACGGCAUCAACUCGCACGGCUAAGCUAACACAAGAUGCAGCCUUUAGCUAUUCAAAAGAACCCGCUCAAAACUGCCACCGUCCCUUUAAAAUCUCCAUAAAUGCUAUUCUUUGGCAAAAAGUUGUUGAUAAUAUUUUUGUUUAUGUUCUGCUCACAGUUAGCAUGGUUAUGAUUACUCUAAUUAUUAGCCUAUGAAUCGGCAGUUUUAUUUUUUAGAAACUGUAAGUCUCUGCGUUUUUAGCGUUGUUUUCGUCGCCUUGUCUCUCUCAGAUGGCUGUAUGAAUGUAAAAGAUGUGACAAAAAUGUUAAGAGUUGGAUGGUGUUGUCCGAUACUGUGGUUAACCCUAUCUCAACUAGACCAAAAUUCACAAUAUAGAGAAUUAUAUUGGUUACAAAAAUAUGUUUAUAUAAAUCGUCUUUCUGUACAGUAUUUUUCCUACACAUUUAUGUAUUUUAAAGGCACAACAGAUCAGAACAGAAAAAAUAUAAUAGAAAAUACUAUAGCAGUACAUAUAGAGGUAUUUUAGUAUUCUGUCUAUAUACUUAGCUUAGUUUUACACAAAAAUAAACUUUCUGGGGCAUUAAAACAUGUACUCAUACGACCACCCUCACGCACAAUAGCGUAAACUUUAAUCCGGCAAAUGGGUAAAGGAAGAGGGUAAGAAUGUACCUGUUGUACGGAAACCCUAAGCUGCCAAAAAAAAAAGAAACUUGCUAAUGCUAAAAUAAAUGCUAAUUAUCUUAUCACUGAGAUAUUUAUACAAUGAAUUCUGAGUUUUGUUCCUUUGAGGUUGCCAUACGAAGCUAAUUUUAGCAGAACUUAAGAGAUUGUUGUUCAUUUUGUAUCUACGGUGGUCACAUAACAUCAAAAAAUGUACCAACGAUUAUGCGUGCUAUAUUACAGCUAAAAAUCUUUUGAAAAUGGCGACUUAAGAUUUCCGUACAAAAAUCACCAUCACAGCAAGCUUCUUUGUACACAGCUUUAACGUGGCUUGCUAACACGUUUUUAUUCGGGCUAACGUUACUAUGAAGGACAGGGAUUUUGUGUGUGAGCGGUUCGCAGCUGUAGUUUGUCCCUAAACCUGAGUGAUGGACACUGGGAAGCCAUUUUGAAUUGUAGUUUUUUGAGUUAUAGUUUCUGAAUGGCUAACUGGUGUCAAGUCCUUGUUUAAGUGUCGUAGUGCAACGCUAGUCAUGGCAAGGCUUUAGCUAAUGAUUCGAACUUGGAUGAGGCCAGAUUUUUAGGCAUUUUGGACAAAUAUAUGGAAGUCACAAGGAACAGCUAUGAUCUAUAUUUAAAACUAUUGACAAUUGAUGAUGUUUACAGCAUUUAAAUGCGUUUUCCAGUGGACCAAAAAUCCACAAUAUUGACUUACGGUUUCUGAAUUCCUGGAAAACUGCACGUUACUCAAGGUCAGAAAUUAAGUUUGUUUAAAUUACUUGAUGCUUCUAUGGUGUUA